AAGCGCGGGGCAAAUGAAAUAGAUGACAUUGCUGCACUUCAACAGUCAUAUCCCACAGCAGUUGUUUUACAUUAAACUGCCUAUUGAAUGAAGUAGAUCAGCUUGACUGAUACUUAUUCCAGAAAAAGAAGAAUUGAAUAUGAAAGAACCUCUCCUGGUAACAGCCCCUACCUCCAAGGGUGGCGUCAAAGCCCUGCCUUUCAUCUUCGCAAGCGAGGUGUUUCAACAUGUGGCGAGUGUGGGGUUAUUACCGAACAUGAUACUGUACUUGACGACAGAAUAUGGUUUGGAAAAUGCUAAAGCAGCCAACUUGAUCUUUAUUUGGUCAGCUUCCAACCAGUUCACUCCCAUCGUCGGUGCUUUCCUGGCCGAUUCCUAUGUGGGAAGGUACUUGAUGAUAGGAUUCGGAUCCAUUUUCAGCUUCCUGGGAAUGUUUCUUUUAUGGUUAACAGCCAUGUUUACACAAGCAAGACCUCACUGUGACAAAUUUAGUAGUAGCAGUUGUGAAUCCCCCACAACACACCAACUUCUGUUCUUAUAUUCUUCAUUAGCACUAAUCUCUAUCGGAGGCGGUGGCAUAAAAUCAUCUUCCUUAGCGUUUGGUGCAGAUCAGCUGACCAAGAGAAACAAUGUGGCGGAUGCAAGAACCUUGGAGAGUUACUUCAGUUGGUACUAUGUUUUCGUCCAAUGUUCGGCUCUAAUUGCAUUUACAUGCAUCGUUUAUGUUCAAGACAAGUUAGGAUGGAAAAUGGGAUUCGGGGUUCCUACCAUUUUAAUGCUCAUUUCAUGUAUUUUCUUCUUCUUGGCAUCGCCAUUGUAUGUCAAGUUGAAAGCCGGGAAAAGCUUGUUAACCGGUUUCGCUCGAGUUCUGUCGGCCUCCUUUCGGAAUCGACACAUCGAAUUGUCAUCCCAGGGCAAAGUCGAGAUACAAGUCUCCUUCGAUGACAACUAUAUGCAAUUCUUUGCAAUCUUUUCCUGCAACAACGAACAUGAAAAAUCAGAUAAAUCAAAACUAAGGUUGAAUCCAGCAAAAUCUGCUUGUCAGGAGGUGGAUAAUCUCAAUGCACUAAUGCAGCAUUCAUUGUUCGAUGAAUCAGCCCAGCAGGGCAAAACUUUGAAAGAAAAAGGACCUGAAACAGGGAAUGCAGCUAAAAGUUUGGUUUUUCAUUAUGUUGCUUUGUUUUCCUUUAUAUUCAUUCUUCUCACUUCAACGAUGAGUACACUGAACUUGAGUUAA